AAGACGGUCGGAUAUAUAUACACUCUUAUAUUGUUUUGAUAUUGACUGUAUUAACCAGUUAUGUUCCAGUUUACAGAUCCUUGAAUUUAGUUCUCAGUAUGGAAAAUAUACAAAAGUUGAUUCCAAAGGACGCACAAACUGUUCUAGUGUUUUUUGUCAAUGGAAAGAAGAUAACGGAGCCCGCUCCGGAUCCGGAAUGGACGCUUCUAUGGUAUCUGCGGCGGAAGCUCCGACUCACGGGCACGAAGUACGGCUGCGGGGAGGGCGGGUGCGGCGCCUGCACUGUUAUGCUCUCCCAGUACAACGCACGGGAUGACAAAAUCAAACAUAUUGCCGUAAACGCGUGCUUGACACCCGUGUGCGCAAUGCACGGUUUAGCUGUAACGACGGUUGAAGGAAUUGGUUCCAGUCAAGAAAAGCUUCACGCCGUACAGGAACGGAUAGCCAAGUCUCACGGAUCACAGUGCGGAUUCUGCACCCCCGGCAUAGUUAUGUCCAUGUACGCUUUACUAAGAAACAAAACCAAAAUACAAGAAAAAGACAUUGAAAGUGCAUUUCAAGGUAACCUCUGCAGAUGCACCGGGUACAGACCAAUAAUUGAAGGAUUUAAAACUUUCGUCGAAGCCUGGGAAACACAGUACGCGAAUGGUAAUAAAGGUAAUAGCUGUGUGAUGGGAGAAGAGUGCUGUAGAAAUAUGAAAACGAAUGAAGCAAAAUCAAUGCUAUACGACAAAUCAUCUUUUCAGCCCUAUGAUCCUACACAAGAGCCAAUAUUUCCGCCAGAGCUGAAAAUCAAUACGACAUAUCAAAAAGAAUAUCUAUAUUUUAAAGGUGAAAGCGUACUGUGGCUCCGACCACAAAAUUUACAUGACGUUUUGUCUAUAAAGAAAUAUUAUCCACAUAGCAAAAUCGUAGGAGGGAACUCGGAGAUAGGAGUAGAAAUGAAAUUUAAGAAAAUUACUUACCCAAUUUUACUUUCUCCAUCUCUGAUAACAGAAAUGAAUUUUUGUUCUGUGACGAACAAAGGUGUUGAAAUCGGUUCCUCUACUACAUUGACGGAAAUAGCAAAGUUCCUUCGGGACGUCGUUACAAAAAAUCCUGGGAGAUUUAAUAUUUUUGAAGCCAUUACAGACAUGCUUCACUGGUUUGCCGGCAAUCAAGUGCGUAAUGUCGCAUCACUUGCAGGUAAUAUCAUAACUGCGAGUCCCAUAUCGGAUUUAAACCCUAUAUUGAUGGCAUCAAAUGCUGUUUUGAACGUGUACAGUAUGGAUAAAGGACAAAGACAAGUGGUAAUGAACGAAUCUUUUUUCAAAGGAUAUCGGAGGACUGUAAUAGAAGAUCAAGAAAUACUUAUGUCCAUUGAAAUUCCAUUCACGAAAGAAUCACAAUUCUUCAAAGCAUAUAAGCAAGCUAAAAGAAAGGAAGACGAUAUAUCUAUAGUCACAGCGGCUUUUAAUAUAACAUUGAAAGAAAACAGUAAUGUAGUGGAAGAAGCCACACUAUGUUACGGUGGAAUGGGACCCACUACUAAAUGUGCAACUAAAACAUCAAAAGCAAUGCAAUACCUAAGUUGGAAUCAAAAUAUGUUAAAUGUUGUUUUCGAAAAUCUGUUACAAGAGUUUGACUUAGACAUUUCUGUGCCUGGUGGAAUGGCAGAAUACAGAAAAUCGCUUUGUUUAAGUUUAUUUUUUAGAUUUUAUGUCGACGUAUUCAGUAAAAUACAAAAAUACAAUGGUACGACUAUGCCUUCGCAGUAUUUAAGUGCUGCCACUGAAGAGUCGACAUUAUCAUGGAAGAGUUCGCAGUAUUUUGAAAUAACGGACAAUAACAGAAAGGUAUCGGAUAGUGUAGGCAAACCUGUGCCACAUAUGUCUGCUUUCAAGCAAGCCUGCGGUGAAGCUUUGUACUGUGAUGAUAUUCCACAUUUUGAAGAUGAACUUUUUUUGACGUUAGUUUUCAGUACUAAAACUCACGCGGAAAUUGUGUCGAUAGAUGCAAGUAAAGCAUUGUCAGUCCCUGGAGUAGUGGCUUUUUUGUCAGCAUUAGAUUUAGAAGACAAUCGUAACAAAUUAGGUCCAAUAUUUAAAGACGAAGAGAUAUUUGCCUCAAAAGUGGUGACAAGUCGGUCCUGUGUUGUUGGCGCUGUGAUUGCAAAAUCUGAAAGUGCGGCAAGGAAGGGAAAAGAUUUAGUCAGCGUUAUUUACAACGCUCUUCAUCCAGUCAUUGUGACCAUUGAAGAUGCGAUUGCUCACAAGUCAUACUUUUCAAGUCCACGAGUACUCAAAAAAGGAGAUGUUGUCGAUGUUUUUAAAAACACAAAGCCUAACAGAAUAAUUGGAGGCCAUGUAAGAAGUGGCGCACAAGAACACUUCUAUUUAGAGACGAUGUCUGCAUUUGCCAUCAGGAGAGAAGAUGAGUUAGAAAUUAUUUCUUCUACACAAAAUCCAGCUGAAAUUGGACACCUUGCAUCACAAGCUCUUGGUAUAUCCAAUAAUAAAGUUGUUUCGAAAGUAAAAAGGUUAGGAGGUGGUUUUGGUGGCAAGGAAACUCGAGCAACUAUACUGGCUAUACCCGUGGCAAUAGCCAGUUAUAAAUUGAAGAAGCCAGUUAGAGCUAUUCUGGAUAGAGAUGAAGAUAUGCAAGCUACAGGCUACAGACACCCAUGUUUGAUCAAAUAUCAGGCAACGUUUGAUAAUGAUGGAAGAAUUACAGCUGCUAAAUUUGAGAUUUAUGCAAACGCAGGCAACUCGAUGGACAUAUCCUGUUCUAUGAUGGAGAGAAUAGUCAUGCACUUAGAUAAUUGUUACUUUAUACCAAACAUAGACGUUGAAGGAUACCUUUGCAAAACCAAUAUGCCCUCAAAUACAGCUUUUAGGGGAUUUGGAGGUCCACAAGCGAUGUUUGCUGCGGAGACAUUGAUAAGAGACGUGGCUGCAGCCCUCGGCAAGGACUAUGAAGAAAUUGCAGAUCUAAAUCUUUACAGAGAAGGUCAUCUAACACACUUUAACCAGUGCCUUACAUAUUGCACUAUUUCUAGAUGUUGGAAAGAAUGCAUUGAAAGUUCAAACUAUUGGAAAAGAAAGAAAAGUGUUGAAGAAUUUAAUAAGUGUAACAGAUGGAAGAAGAAGGGGAUUUCAAUGUUACCCACGAAAUACGGAAUAUCAUUUCAAGGAGACCUCCUUAUGCAAGGAGGUGCAUUGGUUUUAAUAUAUACAGACGGAUCGGUUCUUAUAUCUAUCGGAGGUAUUGAAAUGGGACAAGGUUUAUUUACAAAAAUGAUCCAAGUUGCAUCCAGAGUUCUAGAAGUCGAUAUCAAUAAAAUUCAUAUUAGCGAAAUGGCCACCAAUACUAUUCCAAACAGUUCACCGACAGCGGCGAGCAUGAGUUCUGAUAUAUAUGGAAUGGCAGUUGUUGAUGCGUGCACUACUCUAACGAAAAGGUUGGAGCCAUACAGAAUCAAGAAUCCCACUGGAACAUGGGAGGACUGGGUCAUGUCGGCCUACCUUGACAGGGUUCAUUUGUCAGCAACUGGUUUUUACGUAGCACCAAAAAUCGAAUACAACCCUGAAACAAAUACUGGCAAUCUUUUUGAAUACUUCACUUAUGGAGCAGCAUGUUCAGAAGUUCUGGUCGAUUGCUUGACCGGGGAUCACACAGUGCUCAGAACUGAUAUUGUUAUGGAUUUAGGCGAAAGUUUAAACCCUGCAAUUGACAUAGGUCAAAUUGAGGGGGCAUUCACACAGGGCUAUGGAUAUUACACGAUAGAGGAAAUGGUGUUUUCACCUACUGGUGAAUUACUAUCUCGUGGUCCGGGUGCUUAUAAAAUACCUGGGUUUUCCGAUAUACCGAAAACAUUCAAUGUUUCACUGUUAAAAGGAGCACCUAAUCCCCGCGCCGUCUAUUCUUCAAAGGCUGUGGGUGAGCCUCCACUAUUCCUUGCCGCAUCAGUAUUCUUCGCAAUCAAGGAGGCUAUCCGGUCAGCUCGAGUGGACGCCGGCGUGUCUCGCGAGUUUACGCUGGACACACCGGCGACUUGCGCGCGAAUAAGAAUGGCUUGUGAAGACGAAAUAACAAAACAGGUAAAACCUACAAUAACGAGGAACGGCAAGCCUUGGAACGUGGUCGCUUAGCAUUUAAAUAUGUAUAAGUUGUAUUUAAUAAUAAUAAUAAAAAAACAAAAAAAAAAACAUAUUGUAUGAUUCGCUACAUAAGUUACGUACCUAAUUGUCCAGGCA